GCUGGACCAUUAACCAAAGUGACGAUUUGUAAGGACAAAGAAGGAAAGCCUAAGUCUUUUGGAUUUGUCUGCUUUAAGCACAGAGAAUCAGUGCCUUAUGCAAUAGCUUUGCUGAGUGGAAUCCGUUUGUAUGGAAGACCAAUUAAAGUCCAGUAUAAUUUUGGGAGUUCUCACUCUUCAGAACUAAACAGCCCUACCCAUGGUUUUGAGAACUCUGUUGACUUAUAUUCACCUUCAUAUAGGUAUCAAGAGCUUUAUGGAAAUCCUCCAUUUCCUGUUACUCCUUUUCCAAUGAACAAUAGUUUACCUCAUGAAUACUCAGGAUUUCAAAAGAUGAUGAACCAUUUCUUAGCACAGCAGUACACAGUACAGAGUCCAAUGGGUCAACAAUUUCCUCACUAUCAGAUGACUCCACCACUGCCUUCAAAUUUAUCCUUUUCUCCCUAUCAGAAUCAAGCUGCAAAUUUUAAGUCUGCACAGGGUUCUUUUGAAUUGUCCCUGCCACAUGCAAGUGACUGUGAAGUGCACCAGGUGGAUGAAAGUGCUUCUAAAAGAAAGAGAGAACAGCAAAGUUGUGACAGUGACACUAGUACAGAGGAUGAAAAAAUGAGAAAAAGAGACCGUGACCAAAAAUACAAGAAGCGCAAAGCCAAGAAAAGGACGCAUUAA